AUGAGAGAGGACGACAUCUUUUGUUGUCAGACUGAUUUCUGGGUGUUUAUAGUCAUAUGUUUGGUGCUUGUGUCAUUUGCUGGUAUUGCAUCAGGCCUUGCUUUAGGGCUCUUGUCCUUCAGCCAAGUUGAUCUUGAGGUCCUCAUCAAGUCUGGUCAGCCCCAAGACCAGAAAAAUGCAGCAAAGAUUCUGCCGCUUGUUAAGAAUGAACAUCUACUUUUAUGUACUCUCCUAAUAGGCAAAUCACUGGCAAUGGAGGCACUUCCCAUUUUCCUGGACUCAAUUCUCCCAGUUUGGGCUGCAAUUCUUGUGUCAGUCACCCUUGUACUUGCAUUUGCGGAGAUCAUUCCUCAAGCUGUAUGUUCUCGAUAUGGACUAAGUCUUGGUGCAAAAAUGUCUCACUUGGUACGGUUGCUUCUGGUGGUCUUCCUCCCUCUAUCAUACCCUUUCAGUAAGCUGUUGGAUUGCCUCCUUGGCAAAGGGCAUUCGGCACUCUUAAGACGAGCAGAGCUGAAAACAUUGGUGGAUCUGCAUGCCAAUGAGGCAGGGAAAGGUGGAGAGUUGUCACAUCAUGAGACUACGAUUAUUGGUGGUGCUCUGGAUCUGACUUUGAAGACUGCUGAAGAUGCAAUGACUCCCAUAUCUGAAACUUUUUCCCUUGACAUAAACUCCAAACUUGACAUGCAUACACUUGGCUUGAUAAUGAGCAAAGGCCACAGCCGCAUACCUAUAUAUUCUGGAAGUCGGACAAACAUUAUUGGCCUCAUUCUGGCAAAGAAUUUGAUCUUCAGCCGGCCGGAAGAUGAAACCCCAAUAAAAUAUUUGACUAUCAGGAGAAUUCCAAGGGUUUAUGACAGUUGGCCUUUAUAUGAUAUACUGCAUCAGUUCCAGAAAGGUCAUAGUCAUAUGGUUGCUGUGGUGAAGAGUAAGAAGGAUGCUAAUGGAGAAAAGGAGAACAAGGAUUGCAAGCCUAGCUUUCUAGAGACAGAGACUAAUUCAAGAUUACAUUCAACACUAGCAGAGAGUAAAGGUUUAAAUUCUCGAAAUGAUCAGAAUUAUCGUCUAAGUUUCUCCAUGGACACAUCCCCUAUAUAUUCUAGUGAAACUGAAUACUGUACUCCGACGCCGAAGCAUGUCAUGGUGCAAGACGAAGAAUCAGAGACACAAAGUAAUAGACAUAAGCAAGGACGAGGUAGAAAUACAUCAUCUGAAAAUUUAGAAUCUCUUCAAAGUAGCAUGGAUGAGGAGGUAAUCGGUAUCAUAACAAUGGAGGAUGUUAUGGAGGAACUGCUACAGGAAGAUAUACUGGAUGAAACAGAUAAUUAUGUCGAUGUCCACAACAAGUGA